GAGUAUUGCAAGAGUGAAAAGAGGACCUGUUUUGGCGAUCUGUUCACUUGCGAUAACGGGAACUGCAUUCCCAGGAUUUACAUCUGCGACGGCGAUAACGACUGUCUCGACAAUUCCGACGAAGACGUGAGACACCAGUGCGACACUCGUCAGUGCGAUCCCGACAGAGAGUUCACGUGUUCGGCCAACAAGAACUGGGGUCGCGCGCAGUAUCACGAUAACGACUGCGGCGACGGAUCCGAUGAGCACCGGAACUGUACGUUCAGGACGUGUUCGCCCGAAGAGUUUUCGUGUCGU